AAUUUGCUUUCCAUACUGAGUGUCAGUAUUACUAAAGAGCACUUACAGAAAAUAAGCCUUGCCUUAUGAGCAAUCACCUUAAUAAUGGCAAUAUUCUUUAUUUUUAGGGUAUGAGAGUAAUUUCAAUAAGCACAGUGAGAACGUGUCCACUACCCAAGAAACCCCAUAUGAUUAUUACUCUGUGAUGCAUUUUGAUAAAAAUGCCUUCCGCAACUUUAAAGGACCCACGAUCAUAACCAAGAGUCCUGAGCUCCAAGACGUGAUCGGACAACUAAUGGAAAUGAGCGAAUAUGAUGCGAUUGAGCUCAACAAACUCUACAAAUGCAAUUCCUCGGUCUCUUUCCUCGACCACUGUAGUUUUGAUGAGGAAUCUCUGUGUGAGAUGAGCGUCUGUUCUGCUGCUGGUUACGGCUGGCAGAGAGAGAAGUCAGUGAGUGGCAUCAAUGUGACCGACCACACAUACUUGGGCAAAGAACAGAACGGGACGUCUUUCUUCAUGCACUUCAGCACUGAGGGCAGAAACGUGGGGGACGCAGCCAGACUGGAGAGCAAGACAGUGACCCCUACGAGAGACUGCAAAGUCCAGUGCCUGCAGUUCUACUACUAUUGU